AUGUGUUACAGAGAGACUGAGGAUGUGGACCUGAACAUCCAGUGUGAUGCCUUUGAGGAUACCAUGGCAGAGGAUGAGGAGGAGAUGGAGAGGGUGUACGGAGGCAUCGAUAUGAGCAGUCACCAGGAAGUCUUCACCACACUCUUCACCAAAUUGAGUAGCACCCCUGCAUCGGUGCAGCUGCUGUCUAUCCUGCAGGCUCUGUUGUUGGUAGGGCCGGAGCAGAGUGAGGUGUGGCUGGCCUUGGAGGCCCUGGCUGACCGCGCUACUUUGCUGGCACAGGACCCUGAAGUCGAUUCCACCAAGCGCCUGAUGGAACGUCUGGUGUUCUCCAAGGGUCAGCAAGGGUCACCUAAGGUCAAGACCACAGACCGGGGCGUUCAGAUUGAUCGGUCAAUCUGUCUAUCAGGUCUAUCAGAUGUCCUCAUUAAAGAAUCUACUGCCCCUGUUGCCACUGCACCUCCUCCUCAUCUACCACCACCCCUACCAAGCAUGAGAACUUUUGUCCCACCACUUCCUGGCUUCUCUGGGAUGCCUCCCCCUGGCCUCCCUCCUCCGCCACCACCUCUACUAGGGAUGGGGCAUGGAGGUCCACCGCUUCCCCCACCCCUGCCUGGCAUGAUGGGUCCACCGCUUCCCCCACCCCUGCCUGGCAUGAUGGGUCCACCGCCUCCCCCACCCCUGCCUGGCAUGAUGGGUCCACCGCCUCCCCCACCCCUGCCUGGCAUGAUGGGUCCACCGCCUCCCCCACCCCUGCCUGGCAUGAUGGGUCCACCGCUUCCCCCACCCCUGCCUGGCAUGAUGGGUCCACCGCCUCCCCCACCCCUGCCUGGCAUGAUUGGUCCACCGCCUCCCCCACCCCUGCCUGGCAUGAUGGGUCCACCGCCUCCCCCACCCCUGCCUGGCAUGAUGGGUCCACCGCUUCCCCCACCCCUGAUGAUGGGUCCUCCGCCUCCCCUUGGUGGCAAUGACAUUAUAGUGGCCCAGAGUGUGCAGAUGCAGGGUCGAUCCUGCUACGCCUCUUCACCCAAAGCGGGCCGCUGCCCCACACUGCGCAUGAAGAAGCUCAACUGGCAGAAGCUGCCAUCCAGAGUGGUGACUGAUAGUCACUCCAUGUGGACCUCAGUACAGGUAGAUUCUCUGGAGCCUGACUACUCCAGUAUUGAGGCGCUCUUCUGUCUGCCAGUGAUUGACUCAAAAGCCAAAGGCGGCACCCCUGCAGUCAAACAGGAGCCCAAAGAGAUUUCUUUCAUCGAUGCCAAAAAAAAUCUUAACCUGAACAUAUUCUUGAAACAAUUCAGAUGCUCACAUAAGGACUUUGUGGCCAUGAUUCAAAAAGGUGACCGGUCCAAGUUUGAUGUGGAGGUGCUGAAACAGCUGCAAAAGCUACAGCCAGAGAAGCAUGAGAUUGAGAACCUGAAGUCCUACCAGGGAGAGCGGGAGAAGUUAGCUGGUGUGGACCAGUUUUAUCUCCAGCUCCUAGCUGUUCCAUGCUACGCCCUGAGGAUCGAGUGCAUGUUGCUGUGUGAGGAGAUCAGCUCAGUGUUACAGAUGAUGCAGCCUAAAGUUAAGCUGCUGGACGAGGCCUGUGAGAGUCUGAGAGUGAGCACUCGACUGCCAAGCUUCUGCAUGCUCAUUCUGGACGUUGGAAACUUCCUCAACUACGGAAGCCACACGGGGAACGCUGAGGGCUUCAAGAUCAGCACACUGUUGAAACUCACUGAAACUAAGGCCAAUAAAAGUCGCAUCACGCUGCUCCACCACAUCCUAGAGGAGGCUGAGCAGAACCAUAAUGACCUGUUGAACCUUCCAGAUGAUCUAGAGAUCUGUGAGAAGGCUGCUCGUGUGAAUUUGGAGUCUAUCCAGUCAGAGGCGAGCUUGCUCAUCAAGCGGUUGAAAGAUUCAGAGAAGAAGGUGGCUUCCUCCUCUGUGGAGGCCAUCAAGGAGCAAUAUCUCACUGCCAUACAGGGAAGCCAGGAGGCCUGCAGGGAGCUGGAGGCGAGGUUUGCCUCCAUCGACAGGAAGAAGGAGAAUCUGGCACAGUAUCUGUGUGAGGACUCAUCCCGUCUGUCCCUGGAGGACUUGUUCAGCACUUUACAUUCCUUCAGGGGACUCUUCAUCAAAGCUCUCAAGGACAAUCAGACCCGCCGAGAGCAAGCGAUUAAGGCUGAGAAGAGGAAGAAACAGCAGGAAGAGGAGGAUUCCAAGAGACCAAGGGGGGAGAACAGGAAGAUAAUUCGUAAAGCCCCCCCGGUCCAGGAGGAGGGCUGCAUCAUUGACCACCUGCUGUCUGACAUCAGGAAGGGCUAUGCGCUGAGGAAGACCAAGCACCAGGCCGACAGGACCAGCCUGCCUUCUGCGGACAAGAAAGGGGACAGCAGUCAGCCUGGUGAACAGGGCACCAUGCUUAAGGGAACAUCUGCUAUAGAUGCCAAAGAGAAAGUUGAAAAGGUGACUUCACCCAUUGACCUAGGACAACAAGGCGGAGAUCCGGUCGUAGGGGAGUCCUCCUCCGGCCUCCCCACAGACCCCUCACUUCAGUCGAGUUCACCCAAAACAUCAGGCCCCUCAGACCUUCAUACCACCACCAAGGAUCACAUCCAGAGUGAAGACCUCAACCCUGGGAUGGAUUCCUCUACUGACCGCCAGCUCAAGGAGUCCCCAGAGGGAGAGGGGUUUAAGGCCGCUGAAUCCAAGGUUGAGAAUGUGAACAGGAAUGCAUUCUCAGCUGCUGGGGAUGGUCCAAAGAGCAGAGAUGCAGAGACCGAUGGGAACAGGGAGAGUGGAGCUGAUGGAAAUGGGUUAGAGGAGACUCAAUCAUCAGAGUCCCCCUCAACCACAGCUGAUGUCAACGCGGAGUCCAAACAGGCACAGAAACGGGGGAGUACUAAGAGACAUGGCAAAGGUAAUGUAUUCAAAACUAACCUCAUCUCGUUAGAAAAUUAACCAUGCUUGGGAACAUAUCUUGAUUUCAUGUUUUUUUAGGCCUGUAAGAAAAACAUUGUUUCUUGUCUUUAAUUCUCUAAAAACAGCCAAGCGCAAAGGAAAAGACCACACUAAACUUAAAAAGGUGUGUGUGUUACAAUGAGGGAGUUCUCCUUCUUUCAGGCUAUCAGAAACACCAUCCACUAAGCUUGCAUGGAUCUCACUAGAUCCUUGGUGAUUUAAGGGUCCUGUUUCACUGGUUUGCUGUCUAUUCUGCGUCUUGGCCAUCCUGCACAUCCCUCCCCUUUCCUCCCUUGACCUUUCUGAAGCUAUUUGCAGUUACUGUUCCUGCUUGAGCUCUCUUCCAUGUCUGAGGUAUGGUUAGCCUGGCUGGCUUCCUGUUGGUGCUUUAUGGUUGACUUCCAGGGGCUUUUUGGUGGUUGUAUAUUGUCUGUCAGCUAGUACUGGGUGGUUGGAGAUUCAUAGGCUUGCCAUCAUUGGAUCCCCCUAGUACAUGAGGUGCCCUUAUGAUGGGAGAUGUGAUACCCCUCGCUCCUGACGAAACGCAUACCGACUCACUGAACAUUGCGGGACCUCAGCCAAACUCUGGACCUCAGCAGAACUCUGCAUGUUCUCCCUACCAACACACAUAGAGAUCAGAUCUGGGCCAGUGGUUUUUGUGGGUCAUGUCAGUGUUGAUUCACUUGGUUUGAGUAACUUUUUGUGGAUUUUACAUUUUGUCAAAGAACAUUGCCUCUAUAAAUGUUGCAUUUGAUGUUAACACCAACUUACUAGUACUGUAAACUACUGAUUUUCUCCAUUUCUUUUUUUAUGAUGAACAUGUCAAGAAAGUAGUUUGAUGGUGUGCUGUAAAUCUUUGUCACUGCAAGGGAUGUUACAAUCAGAUGUCCCCUAAAGAUGACAUCACUUCAUGUUAGGUGUGGGGUCUAUGGAUCUCUUCUAACAGCCAGUGUGCAGAGUGCACCGAGCAAGCGGCUAUGGCUCUCAAGUUUAAAUGUUUUUGCCUCAUACACAGGAUGCAAUGGGUGUAAAACAUUACUCUCAAUGCGCUUUUUAAAUGCACUUUCCUUGAUUGAUUUAGAUUUUAUUAGGAUCUCUUUUGGUCCUCAUUUGGACUAAUCUUCCAAGAGUCCUUAACAAACUUUAAAAUACAAUCCAAUUUUCACAAAUAACACGCUGUUACAAACAUACCAUAAUAUAUGAAAAACAAUAUACCUCUGAAAAGAGGUUG